UGACAUUUGGAUUGAAGGAUUUUGUUGUUAAUGACAGCAACAAGAAGAGAACAGGUUACAGGGUCUGCAGCUCAAAACUCAGAAAUUCACAACAUUCAACUCCUACAAAAUCCCCGAAGAAAGACGUUGCACUCGUCGCACACCUGAGACCAGGAAGAAGGAAGUGCAAGGAGUUCAGACAGGAGGCACCUUGACAGCGACCGAGGGGCCGGAGAGAACCUGACACACAGCGCAGAGGAGGAGAGGAAGAGGGGAGAGAAGAUGAGAAAGUGACAAGCUGGAUUGUUGCUUUCGAACGGCGGCAGAAGAACCAACAGCGACACAAGUGACUACGCGUCCCAUCAUCCUACAGGCCCCAGAUCUGAUUGGAUGGUUUUCUCAGAAUGACAGCCGAAGACCCUACUUCCUCCUCGACCAUGAGCAAUAACGCUGCCUCCUCCAAACCCUCUGGUGCCUCCCACCACUCUCUUCUUCAUGGACAGAUCAACAUCCCUGAGGGAGUUGCAGGCGCUCCCAAUGAGGCUGCGCUGGUGGCCCUAAUGGACCGCACCGGCUACACUAUGGUCCAAGAAAACGGCCAGCGUAAAUAUGGCCCUCCUCCUGGUUGGAAUGGUGCAUCUCCACCACGGGGGUGUGAAAUCUUUGUGGGCAAGAUCCCACGGGACGUUUAUGAGGAUGAGCUGGUCCCAGUUUUCGAGUCCGUUGGACGCAUCUAUGAGAUGCGGCUGAUGAUGGACUUUGACGGGAAGAACCGAGGGUACGCAUUUGUGAUGUACACAGAGAAACAUGAGGCCAAGCGGGCUGUGCGUGAGCUCAACAACUAUGAGGUGCGGCCCGGGCGGCUGCUGGGGGUCUGCUCCUCCGUGGAUAACUGCCGUCUUUUCAUCGGUGGCAUCCCCAAGACCAAAAAGCGUGAAGAGAUCUUGGAGGAGGUCUCUAAGGUGACAGAGGGGGUAUUAGAUGUGAUAGUUUAUGCCAGCGCUGCAGACAAGAUGAAGAACCGAGGCUUUGCCUUUGUAGAGUACGAGUCACAUCGUGCAGCCGCCAUGGCUCGCAGGAAGUUGAUGCCUGGACGCAUUCAGCUUUGGGGCCACCAGAUUGCAGUGGACUGGGCUGAGCCGGAGAUUGAUGUGGACGAAGACGUGAUGGAGACAGUGAAGAUACUCUACGUCAGAAAUCUUAUGAUGGAGACCAGUGAAGAGACAAUCAGACAGGUGUUCAGCCAGUGGAAUCCUGGAUGUGUUGAACGCGUGAAGAAAAUCCGCGACUACGCCUUCGUCCACUUCAACUCCCGGGACGAUGCUGUCCUGGCCAUGGACCACCUCAACGGCACAGAGGUGGAAGGGUCCUGCAUCGAGGUGACGCUCGCCAAGCCUGUUGACAAAGAGCAGUACUCAAGACAGAAGGCCUCCAAGGGGGCUCCUGCCACUCCAGAGGCUACUCAGCAGAGCUAUGUUUACCAGUGUGAUCCUUACACACUGGCGUACUAUGGUUACCCCUACAACACUCUCAUUGGACCCAACAGGGACUACUUCGUCAAAGGAUCCCCAAUGAUACAGAACAAUGCAGGUACUGUGCGAGGUCGUGGUCGUGCUGCUGCAGGUAACCGUACCCCUGGGCCACGAGGGUCGUACCUGGGGGGUUACUCUGCUGGUCGUGGCAUCUACAGCCGCUACCAUGAGGGCAAGACCAAGCAGCCCGAAAAGCCCUAUGAGCUGAUGCCCAGCCUGGAGCUCGCUGCCUCUGUCAAUCCCGUUGGCAUCAAACCUGGCACAAUGGGAUUGCCGACUCUGGGUGGGCAGUACCCUGUGUUCAGCACGGGUCCUGCAGCCAAGCUGAUGGAGGAGGGGAAGGUGCACACGGUGGAGCACCUUAUCAACCCCCUGGCCAUGCAACACCCUGAACACACCACUGCUACUGCUGCUGCUGCCACCGUCCUACCUGCGGUCUCUACCCCCCCACCUUUUCAGGGCCGUCCGAUCACUCCUGUCUAUGCCAUGGCCCACAACGUACAGCGUAUCCCAACAGCUGGUGGCCUGUAUGGAGGUGGAUACGUCCCCAUCACAAACUACGCUGCCAAUACAGCAGCUCUGGCCGCUCUGCAGAAGAAUGCAGCGGUGGCGGCUGCAGCAUAUGGGGGAUACGCAGGCUAUGCUGUUCCACAGGCCUUUCCCGCCACAGCCUUCCAGCUGCCCAUCCACGACGUCUACCAGACAUAUUAAUGUGAGGAUGGGACCACGUGACUGAACGACCACCACAGUCUGUCCCAUCACUUGAACUCGUGAACAUCCAAAUGCUCGAAAGGAAUGUCGUUUGAAGCAGAUAUUAAGAAAACAGACAGUGAAACAAUGAAACCUGACAUCUCAUAUCAGCCUCAGUGUAUCCUGGACCCAAGGCAACCACAUGACAGGCUUAAUUAUGCAGCAUCACUGUAAAUUAGAACACACAUAGACGACAGUCCACUCACUGAGGAAACCUGUACCCUUAUGUGGUGACAGUCACUCCCCCUAACAACAAGCAUUACUCUUUAUCUUUCUCUGUCUCUCCUCUACACACUGAAGGUACAUUCAAGUAUUUAUGAGGAGAAGAUACAUAUUUAAGGUUUAUUCUCUGUAGAUUUCUCAUUAUUGGGGAUGUAAAGUUAAUUCAAAGAAAGUAAAAGUACUAGGAACUACUGACAGGAGAGGAUACCACUGAAGACAACUGUUUUUGGAUAUACUGAUGUUUUUUUCUAGUAUUUUUUUCCAUUAAUAUAGUAUGGUAGCCAAUUCUAUGUGCUGUAGGUGAUGCUCUCCGUCCAUGCUGGUUGAAUGUGUAUGCUUCAAACAUGGUACUUUUUGGUUUAUUUCGUUUUAUUUGUGUUUUAAAUGAAGGUUCUAAGUGUCGUGUUUCUUUUGCCUAUUUUAGCUUUUUUCUCCAUAACGAAAAGUUUGCCAGCUGAAUAAUAUUAUCGUGCCAGGUUUGUUGGGGAAGAAAUGCUAGUGAAAGAAAACUGGAAAGACAACGUGGUUUAUCUAUAAGUCUGACAGACGGCGACAUCAUGAACACUUAGAUGUUUCCUAUCCUCAGAAAAUGCGCUGACAGGGGACUAAGACUGAACAGAUGCUAGCUGUUUUGUUUCUCAUUUAUGCAUAUCUUUAUUAUUGUUUUUUUUUAAUUGUUUGACUUUUGAAAGGUGAACAAAUAUGGACAGGAAUGAGAGACAUGUAUCUAUAUGGACUGGAGCACUUAAGAGCUCCUGUAUUUGCCAAGGCUUACCAAAAAAAAAAAAAAAAAAAAAAAACGGGCUACAAAUACUCCAGUCUCAUGAUAUUAGAAAGAUUGUUCCUGACUACAGUGCCUUACAUCUGCAUAAUGUAUGUGCUACCCUGUGCUUGUCACUGUGCCUUACAUUGCAAAGUGAAUGGAGUUUCCUGCAUUCAUAUUUCCAUUGCACCAAAUUUGUGGUAUUACUGUAUCGUGGUGAGACGAGUAGGUUCUAGUCUCUGCAGUCAGAUGUGACAAGGCUACCUCUCCUGCGAUAACACUCCAUGGACAUUGUCUCAUCUUUCUUUCUCGUCCUCCAAACUGUGCUUUUGACCGAGGUGCACUUAAAACAUAUUUAUAAAAAGCAAGAGAUUGCGACUUUCAGAUGAAGAGAUGUUCACAUGCAAACUGGGCUCUUUUCAAUGCCUGUGUCUGUGACCAAGUUUUUUUUCCCUAAAGCAUAAAAACAUAAAAUAACCCUGAUGAAUGUUUAGAAGGCACUUUUUAAACUCUGAAAAACAAGUGUAAUACUGGACUGGGAAUCACUGGAGCAAUACCUCAUGCUGAAAUAUAAAAGUAGCCAUGCACACAAAUGUAACGGAUGCGAACUGAUCAUGAAGUCACACUCCACAGCCAUCUUUAUAUGAGAGCAUGUAUUUGUAAAGCAGUUCUGGUAGUCCUUUUUUUUUAUUAUUCUCUGCAUAUUUUCUCAUUUUUACUGCAUUUUAAACAACAUGAUGUGUUUGACUUGACGAUGGGCUGUAUUUUGAGAAAAGAGAAAAGAUUGAUUAUCCACAGACGAGUCUCAUUUCACUCCAUCAUCUCCAUUUUGCUACUGCUUUUAUUAUGUUCUUGUAUGAUGACAAUACGUCAGGAUAUAUUUAAUAUAUGCAUUACAUGUGUUGUGUAUGAAGUAAGAAGAAAAGGUAUAAUAUAUUCUAAAACAUAUUUCUUUUCUUUAUUUACACAUUGUUUAGGGAUUAAAAAAAGUCAGAGUAACAAAAGUAGAAAAAAUGUUUUCUUUUUUGCCAAAGUGUCCAAUAGUUUUUAAAGAAUUCAAGGUUAUUGUGUUUUUGUUAUGUGUAAUAUUCUGUUUGCUGUUUUGAACUGGAUUCAGUGUUUUGAGUGGGAACGAGAAGAGCUACUUUUUGUUUUUUUUAUCAGCCUCAACAGCAAAAAAAGACUAAAACUGGAUUAUCAUUGUGUGUUGAGCUGCUGGAUUUGCAACUGCAUAUGUCAGUAACAGCCAUCCAAAUUUUACCCUCUGCUUGUUUUCCCACUCAUUACACAUGCUUUAUUUUCUUUUGCCUGCAUUUCACCUACACUGCAGCAGCGGGAUGAAGUCCCUCUGCUCCUUUUGUCAGUGGUGUGGAGCCAUGUAUGCCUAGUUUAACAUAGGUGUUACCAUUUAAACUCUUGCUAGUGUGUGCCUUAUUGCCAAUAUGUGCCCUUUGCUAUGCCUUUGUAGACCUAUGCAGACUGUUUUCUAUCUGAUGGUUUGUUUAAGAAAAAAAAAAAGCUUGUUCAGUCUUGUUAUAUUUAUAGUGAUAAAGUAGAUAAAUAAAGCAUUUUCAAAAGGA